CACCUUCUCAGAGUUGUGAAGAUGCAGACAUCUGUUGGACGCUCGCGACCAGUACUGCAGCUCACAUUGGCUCUAGUUAAACCUGAUGCUGUGGCUCACCCCUUAAUCCUGCAGGCUAUCCAUCAGAAGAUAUUGGACAACAACUUCAUCAUCCUGAUGCACAAGUAUUUAAAAUGGGAUCAGGAAGAGUCUCGGACAUUUUACGCAGAGCAUUCAGGUAGAUUCUUCUAUCAGCGAGUGGUGGAGUUCAUGACCAGUGGUCCUAUGAGAGCAUACAUCCUGGCUCGUGAAGAUGCCAUCCAGCGUUGGCGCCAUCUGAUGGGCCCCACCAAGGUGUUCCGAGCGCGCUACUCUGCUCCGAAAUCAAUCCGUGGCAACUAUGGGCUGACAGACACCAGGAAUACCACACAUGGCUCAGGUGAGUAUUCUUGGACACGUGCGCCGUCUGUCAAACGAAAGGAUUGUUUCAUUUUAACUUGUACCUGCCUUUGGUGUACUCGCUCUAUUAGUAGCAGAUGCUUAUUAGUAAUAAAAUUUAUUAUCUAAUAGAGGAAUGGCAGCGGUGCUCCAACAGUGUACAUCUUGUUUCAUUUGGGAACUCCAGGGUGCCUUCUUUGUCCUGAAUAAUCAUGUGUAUAGAAAAUCUUGUCAGUUGUAAAAACUUGAGCUGCGGCUCGUGUUACUGUGGCAAAUCUGUGAGGUUGAGCACAUCGUGGCUACCACCAUCAUAGAUGUGGUUGCUGUGGCUUAAGUGUGUGGACAGUGAACAUGACCGUGGGAUGUGG